AUGGUCAGAUUUCUACCCUUCGGCGACAUCCAAGUCCCCUCGCCAGGCUUCGGCGCCAUGGGCCUGAGCUUUGGCCUGGGUACCAACCUGACACUCGAAGAGGCCGAGCCAGUCCUGCUAAAGGCGAUUGAGCUUGGAUGUACGUUCUGGGAUACUGCGGUCGUCUACCAAGCUGGUGUCAACGAGAAACUCCUUGGAGACUUUAUCCGGAAACAUAAUGUUCGGGAUAAGGUGUUUAUCGCUUCGAAAUGCGGCUUCGAUGUCUUCGGCACCAGCGAAGGCCUCGCAAGAGGUGCCGUCACUAACUCGCCCUCCCAUAUCAAGGAGUACAUCGAGGGGACCAUUGAGAGACUAGGUUUCACGCCGGACUUGUACUAUCUCCAUCGUAUUGAUCCUAACACACCUCUCCAAGAGUCUAUCCCCGCGCUGGCAGAGAUCCGCCAGGCAGGGAAGACGAGGUAUAUUGGACUGUCGGAGUGCUCCGCUGCGACACUGCGCAAGGCGAAUUCGAUCGCCAAAAUCGACGCAGUCCAAGCAGAGUAUUCGGCCUUUGAGACACUGCACGAGACAGACGGCCUGAUUGAUACGGCCAGGGAGCUGGGGGUUGCUUAUGUCGCCUACAGCCCCCUCGGCCAUGGCUGGCUAGUCGACAACUUUGACUACCAGACCCCAGACGAUUUCAAGCCUGAUGAUUUUCGGCGGAAGAUCCCCAAAUUCCAAGGCGAGAAUUUCUACGCGAACAAAGCCAUCGUCGAACAAAUCAAGACCCUCGCCUCCCGAAAAGGGUGUACAAUUAGCCAGAUUGCUCUUGCAUGGGUUGCCGCCCAGGGGUUGAUUGCUAUCCCCGGCACGACAAAGGUGCACCGGCUCGAAGAGAAUUUCGCCUCGAGGGAGGUUGAACUGACCGAGGAGGAACUUGGGGAGAUGAGGAGGAUUGUUGAUUCUGCGAAGCCGCAGGGGAAUCGGUAUGCGGCUGCGCAGCAGGCGCUUGUGGGUCAUUAG